AUGCCAUCGCCGACGAGACCUUCUUCGCCUCCAUCUUCACCCUCCUCGCCCGCUCUCCCGCCCGAGCUGCUGCUCCUCGUCGUCGACGCCGUCCUGCCGCCGAAUCCGCUACAGCUGCUGCCGGCCUCGCACCCGGCGACCAAGACGCUGCUGUCGCUGACGAGGGUAUCGCGGGCGACAUACGCGCGGGCAACGCGGCUGCUGCGGGAGCGGUGCGCGUUCGUCGACUCGGCCAGGCGGCUGGCGGACGUGCUGCUGUGCGUGCCGCGGCUGGUGCCGGGCCUGCCGGCGGUGCUGUCGCUGCGGCACAUGACGGCGCUGUACCUGUCGCCGUUUGGGCCGUCGCUGGCGGCCGACGACCUGCCGACGGCAACGCGGGUGCGGGAGCUGCUGUGCGAGGUGUGCGAGACGCUGCGGCGGCUGGUGGUGCAGAUGCCGUUUGGGAGCCUGGACCCGCUGGACGACGGGCACCUGGGCGUGCGGCGGACGCUGCGGGAAGGCUUCGAGCAGCUGCACCGGCUGGAGGAGUUUGUGUGCCUGGGCAGCUAUCCCGCGCUGAGCGUGCCGCCCGAGGGCAACACGGACGUGUGGCGGCUGUGGCCGGAGCUGCGGCGGCUGGUGCUGUUUGGGGUGCCGAUGGACAGUCACUGGCUGUGGUGGGACAUCGCGACGUUGCCGCGGCUGGAGCACGUUGUGCUUGCGCGGCCGGUGGGGUUGGACGCGGUGAAUAUCAAGGAUGAGUAUUUCCACAAGUUGCCGAGGGACGAUGCGCGGCUGGGAAGGGACAUCAAGGUCGUGCUGAUGGAUUUGGUGUACGACUUGGGGGUGGUGAGGACGGAGCGGUGGCGGGAGAUUGAUCCCGAGGAGAGGAUGACGGUGGAGGUGUUUGAGGUGCCGCUGCCGUUUUACGGGGAUGAGACGCCGCUGCAGCUUGUGACGGAGUGGGCGAGGAGGGGAGCGUUGGAUGGGAGUGUUUGGCGGUUGGGUGGGACGAGGGUUAGGGGGGAGGAGGCAGGAUGA